AUGUGAGACACCUCCUGCCCGAAGCCAGUCCGACGUUACCUCUGCAGAGGAAAAACGCAAUGGAUCCCUGAAUAUUUUCUCAAUUCUACCCGAUUACACCCCCACCCCCUCCCCUUCCCUCCCUCCUCUCCCCAGGGGGAAAAACAGCACCCGUGUCCGCAGCGCUGCUUCAUCUGCUAUUUUAUUUUGAGGCUCAAACAGGGCGGCGCGACGAUGUGGAUCCAGGUUCGCACCAUAGACGGGAAGGAGACGCGAACCGUUGAGGACCUUUCUCGAUUGACCAAAAUUGAGUCCCUGCGUUUGAAAAUACAGGAGAUCUUCAGCGUGAGCCCGCAUCAGCAGCGCCUGUUCUAUCGCGGGAAGCAGAUGGAAGAUGGCCAGACGCUGUUCGACUACAACGUGGGACUCAAUGACAUCGUCCAGCUGCUGAUUCGCUCACAGACCGACGCUCCGGACAGCCCCGCCGCCAAGGACUCCUCUGUGGCCUGUGGCUCAGGCCCCCCCUCCUCUGACCCCAGGUCAGAAAGCCACAAUUCCCCGGCUCCCGCCUCCCCCGUUGCUAUGGAAACCGCCACCAAUACAGACAAUGACAGCGGCAGCGUUGCUCCCAGCGCUGUAAACGAAAACAAGCCGGACACCAGCACUACCAGUAACUCCGCCAGUUCCAAGAAUGGGUUUAAGUCCUCCAGUCCGCCCGCGGACACUCAGCCGCCCACGUCCAGCAGAAACGCACUCGUCGACCCGGGAAUUGGUGUGUACAAGAUUAAUGAGCUGGUGGACUGCAGGGACGUCAGCAUCGGGGCCUGGUUCGAGGCCUGCCUCGAAAAUGUGACGCGCGCUCCCAAAGGACAGAUAAUGCCCACCAAGGGCAAGGUGGGUCGCCCCCCGAAAAGGACUAAUGGAAAGCUGGAGGCCGAUCAGGGGCCGGCCCACAGCCAGGGCCAAACCACGGACGGUACCCGGAAUAACGUCGGGUUGAGCUCCGAGAGUAACGGAGCCUCCACCUCUCAGAUGGACUCAACAGCGGCUACGGAGAGCAAGGAGAGAGAAGAGGAUGUCGUUUACCACAUUAAAUAUGAAGACUACCCAGAGAACGGUGUGGUGGAGAUGCGACCGGUGGACGUGAGGCCGCGUGCGAGGACCCUCCUGCGGUGGGACCAGCUCCAGGUGGGCGCGCGCGUGAUGGUCAACUACAACAUGGAGACGCCGGAUGAGAGGGGCUUCUGGUUCGACGGCGAGGUUCAGACCGUCAACCAAGCCUCCCGCACCAACAGAGAGCUGAGAGUCAAGAUCCUCCUGGGGGGUGCCGGAGACGUGAUCGGUGAUUGUAAAGUUCAGUUUCUGGAUGAAAUCUACCAGGUGGAGACACCAGGAGCUCGGCCGCUCUCGGCUUCGGAUGGACAGUUCAAACGCAAGAGCGGGCCGGAGUGUAAGCACUGCAAGGCUGACCCCGAGGCGGAGUGCCGCUUCUGCUCCUGCUGUGUGUGCGGCGGGAAGCAAGACGCUCACAUGCAGCUGCUGUGCGACGAGUGUAACAUGGCGUUCCACAUCUACUGCCUCAACCCGCCGCUGGCCACCAUCCCGGAUGACGAGGACUGGUACUGUCCCACCUGUAAGAACGACACCAACGAGGUUGUAAAAGCAGGAGAGAAGCUCAAAGCCAGCAAGAAGAAGGCCAAGAUGCCCUCGGCCACUACCGAGAGUCAAAGGGACUGGGGAAAGGGUAUGGCCUGUGUGGGGCGGACCAAGGAGUGCACAAUUGUUCCCUCAAACCACUAUGGACCCAUACCCGGUGUUCCUGUUGGCACCACGUGGAAAUUCAGAGUUCAGGUGAGUGAGGCAGGCGUUCACAGGCCGCAUGUUGGUGGUAUCCACGGCCGCAGCAACGACGGCUCCUAUUCGCUGGUGUUGGCCGGGGGCUUUGAGGACGAAGUGGACCGGGGGGAUGAGUUCACUUACACGGGCAGCGGGGGUCGUGACCUCUCAGGAAACAAACGGAUCGGAGAGCACUCUUUUGACCAGACACUGACGCACAUGAACAGGGCGCUGGCCUUAAACUGCGAUGCACCGCUAAAUGACAAAGACGGCGCAGAGUCCAGGAACUGGCGGGCCGGAAAGCCGGUGAGAGUGGUGCGCAGUUCCAAAGGGCGACGCAUCAGCAAAUACGCCCCCGAGGAGGGAAACCGCUACGAUGGUAUUUACAAGGUCGUUAAGUACUGGCCAGAGAUCGGCAAGUGUGGUUACCUGGUGUGGAGGUACCUACUCCGACGGGACGAUCUGGAACCGGCCCCCUGGACACCCGAAGGACUGGAGAGGAUAAAGAAACUGGGCCUUUCAGUUCAGUAUCCGCCCGGCUACCUGGCGGCCAUGGCUAACAAAACCAAGAAGGAGGCCUGCGCCAGACCUGGCCGCGGCGGCCGGGGUAAGCACUACCCCGGCAGGGGGAGGCCGCGGAGGCGCAAGAUCGAGGAGAAAGAAGAGAACGAGGACGAGGAGGACGAAGAAGAGCAGCCGAUGGCAAGCGUGGAAGAAGAGGAGCCACAGAGCAACGGAGAGCAGAAGACCACCAGAGAAAGAGCGGAGUCGUCACCAGCGGCAGAGCCUCCCUCCAAAAAGGUGAAGAUGGAGGAGACUUUCCAGCUGUCAGAGCAGCAGCAGCAGUUGAUCCGCGAGGACACGGCCAACAAGAAACUCUGGGAUGAAGCCAUGGGAUACCUUAAAGAGGGACCGAACUUCCUGCAGAAGAUGGAGCCCAUCUUCAUGUGCGUGUGCUGCCAGGAGCUGGCCUUCCAACCCAUCACCACCGCCUGCUCACACAACGUUUGCAAGACUUGUCUACAGCGGUCCUUCCGAGCCCAGGUGUACACCUGCCCCGCCUGCCGCCACGACUUGGGCAAAGACUACGUCAUGUCCCAGAACGCGACGCUCCAGGUGCUGCUCGACCAGUUCUACCCCGGCUACAGCAAGGGCCGGUGAGGUCGGGAAACCCCGUUUCUUAAGUAGUUCCGUGCACCCGUGUCGAGUACCUAGGACUCCACUUUAAAAUGCAUCGCGCACACAUACUGUACUUACCCACGGGCCAACGUGUAUUGCAUAUACAGCCAUUCAUGUAUACAAUCAUUCUUACACAAACAACCUCAGUAGGGACUGACCUCAUCUGUUCAACCUAGACUGUCUCCAUUAACAUCACCAGCCGGAAAUUCAAAUAGAGACUUUCUUUUUUUUUUACCCUCGCUACUCCUGCCUCAACAAACGCACACGAAACGCACAAAAGGAGCCUCGGUUCACACGCACUCGACACCUCACGUUAGGCCUCCACUGUGUUCGUCACUGGUUCUAUCAAUCGGACAUAGAGCCCAUUAUUUGAGGGGAAAUUCCUCCUUGGGAAUAUCAUGAAAUCCGCCAUCAGACUCCUGCCAACCUAAGAUCUUUUUUUUUGUACCCCUGUAUGCGUUCACACCAAAAGAAAUCCUGAGAUCUUACUCAGCUGGUGAAUAAAGGUGCCAGUUUGAAACAGUGAUUCAGACACAGCAAGACAGUACCCCCCCCCCUGUUACAACAUUCAGAACAUUCAUCCGAGGGGGGGUCGGCCUGUCAAGGCACGGUCAAAUUAGGACGGAUUUUGACUUUGGCGCACUUGAUCAAUAGCGUGACUCAUGUUAGCAUGUAAGCGUGAUGGAAACACGCCAGUGUGUCUCUAAUGUCAUGAUUUGUUUUUCGCCAGUCCACCUGUAGGACGAGAGUGCCUUGCAGCACAGACUAUCAAAAACUGUUAAGUAGCAGAAGUUGGCAUCUGAUACCCCAAUGUUGCUAACUUAUUAUUUUAGUCAGAAAUCUACUGAUUUAAAAUUGUAAUUGUAGUUUUUCUUUUUUUUUAUUCAGGAAAAGUUAUUGUAUAGUUGCCUAUGUUUAGAUUACAUUUAAUAGUUGAGAUCUUAUUUUGUUAGAUGGGAAAUACGGUUAGCGUUCCUCAAAGUUCAGCAUCACAAAGGUUUUUUUCUCACUGAAAAUCCGGCAAAAUGUAAACUAUACCCAUCCUAACAUGGCCCAGGUUUUGAAUAGUGCAUGGGGGAGAGUUCACGGGCGGAUGUGAGAAGGACACAGACGUUUGUCAAUACACUAUUGAAUGUUUCACCAGGGACCGUGUGUCAGUAAAAACAUGUGAAUGUACAAGUUUGAAUUAAGUCCAUCGCUGCCAAUAGUCCGAGCUUUGAAUCUUAAAAUCCAGAAAAUAAGCAAAACUUUGAGAGAGUAGAUCCUGUUGAUAACUGGUGAAUACGUAGAUCUUUAAAUACGUUAAAAAAAAAAGCGGGAACAGAAUUCAUGACACAGAAUAAGGUGUGCUGGAUAAGGCAGAACGUGUUAAAAUGGAGAAACAUGUACGAGUAACAUGUCAAAUAAGUGUGGCCCGAGAUAGUGAUGUUGUUUUUUUAAUGAUUUUAUGAGUUUCCUGCCCACGAUAGUUGGACAGAGGUGAAUGUUUUCUCAUGUAAAUCACCAGUAAACCAGAUGAAAAGAGCAAGAACGCGGUGGAUUGGUGGUAAAAACCGAAACACCAAUAAGAGGAACUCAUUUGUUCCUCUAUCAGAUGCCACAUGAAAAUACAAAUGAGGAUAGAAUGGCAGCUAUGAAUAGCUCUUAAACACUACUUAUGCUCAACCUUUCUUAUGUCUUACCAUUCAGAGGAUUCCAACGCAUCCUCCCCCCCCCCCCCUUCCUACAUCAUAGGAAUAGCAAGAAAGACCAGUCGGUUACAACCCUACAGAAUACGACAUAUGUUCAUUCCAAUUUCUCUCAACGCUUCCUUCAUAGAUCCUUGCGUCUCCGUAGUCGCACACGCAGUCACAUCUAACAACGUGACGUGGCACCCACACGUGUGCUCGGUUGUCCUCACGUUUUCACCGUUCAACACCGAUGCAUAUAUUAUAGAUACUGUAUAUCACGCAGCCCGAGUUAAAAAUGGGCUUUUCCGUCUUGAGCGGCCGACAGACAUUUACAUCUUUUUUUUUUUUUCUUUUUUUUGUGCUGAUGUGGUACUGAAAUGAUCCUGGUUGGCAGGUCUGAUGGCGCCUAAUGCAGAACGUAGCAGCACGCUCUCUGCACCCAAUUCCACAUGACGCACCUGGAAGAGUUUCGACACGUGAGUCGGGAAAACGUAGCCAUCGUCCCGUUGCCAUCGUCCCGCGCACCUGUACCUUUUUGAGGGCGUGGCCAUGUUUUAGGCGUAGAGCUGAGACUGCUGGCGCACGCAUCAGCCGCUGACAUUCAGGCCCGGCUGACAUCGGCCAGCUGUUUGUUCGUGUGUGGUGACGUCCCCGUUUCUGUUCAGUCGGUCGGGAUUUAGUUCUUUUUUUGUCGACAACUUGCAAAGUACAAACGCUUCUAUGGUCUUCUAAAGCUAACUGUGAUGUGCAUUACUUCCACUGUGGCUCAAUCUUGUUCCGAGAUGAUUUUAAUAGCCCUUGUUUCUUUCUCCGCUGUGACCCCCGUCUCCCCGUCCCCUCUCUGCCCUCCGUGAACCUACAGUACUAACACUUUUUAGACGUCUUGUGGACGCUUGGCUUUAGUGCUGUGUUGUUUUUUUAUUUUUAUUGCACUCUAUUGAAGAAAAACGUUUGAAAAGUUGCAUUUAAUUUUUCUUAGAAUGCUUACUAUUAUCUAUGUCUGUAUGCCAUUUUUCUACCAUUUUAGUUGCUUCUCUUUCUAUUCUAAUCAUUAGUCAUUUUUAUGUGGCGACCUCAAACAAUAGCUGCAUUUGCCGGUCUGAGGAGUUUCAUUGCUUCAUAUUGUGAUCUGAAAUUUUAUACAUGUCAUAAUAAUACUUGAUAUGUACCUAUUAAAUAUUUGGAUUCCAAAAAAGAAA